CGCCGGUACCAGCGGGUUCUCCGGACGUUCCAGCGGCUCCGUUCCAUGAGCGGCGCGUUCCGGCACCACCGCGUUGACCGGAACACGGUGGCCCUGACGACGCCGAUCGCGGAGCUUCGCCUGGUGGCCCCCGAGAAGCUGCGCGAGGUGGGCGAGUUCGACCCCGCCAAGGAGCGGCUCCUCGACUACUCCCGACGCUGCUUCCAGGCCCUCGACCCCGAGACCCUGCGCAAGGUGCAGGCCCUGAAGCAGAGCAAGCUGCUGCUGCCCAUCACCUACCGCUUCAAGCACUGAGGGACCCCCCAAAAGGGACCUCCAAACCAACCCUGGGACCUCCAAACCCAGCCCUGGGACCCCCAACCCACCCC